UUCCCCCUCCCCCCCGAUGGAGAAGAUGAGCUGGCUGAGCAAACUGAACCCCCGAGUGGCGGGGCACCGGGCCAGCCGUGGGGCCAGCCUGCAGAGCCCCGUGACUGCAGACCCCGAAACCUGCCUCAUUGUCUUCAAGAACCACUGGGCCCAGGUGCUGAGGAUCCUGGAGCAGCGAGGGACACGAAUGGCCCAGGGUGCCGCGGAUGACCUCAGCGCCGUGCGGAACAACACCUACCAGAUGCUGACCCUGCUUGCGGAGGAGCGCCCUCGGGGCGGGGCAGCCACCGGCCCCAUCCUGGAGCUCGUGGUCUCGGAGGGGGUGCUGGAGCGCCUGCUGGGCUGGCACCUGCAGUGGGAGGUGCCCGAGGAGCGCAAAGUGGAGCUGCUCAAGCUCUUUGAGAUGCUCAUCAGCCAGUCGCACCAGCCCCUCCUGCAGCACCAGCCCGUCCGCAGCCCCCUCCUGCGCCUGCUGAGCCGCUGCACGGGGCCCGCCUCCCCCCUGCUGGAGAGCAGCCUGGUGCUCCUGCUGAACCAGCUCUGCGUCUCCGUGGCCCGGGAGCCCCCCCUGCUGGAGCUCUUCUUCCACCGCCCCUCCGAGCAGGGCCCCCCCAACCUCCUGCUCUUCUCCCUCCUCGUCCCCUUCAUCCACCACGAAGGGGUGGUCGGCCAGCAGGCCCGUGACGCCCUCCUCCUCCUCAUGGCCAUCUCCGCCGGCAGCCGCACCGUGGCCCAGUACAUCACCGACAACUCCUACUUCUGCCCGGUCCUGGCCACGGGUCUGAGCGCCCUCUACUCCUCUCUGCCCCGCAAGCUGGAGGUCCGGGGAGACGACUGGCACUUCCUGCGGCGCGAGGACUGGAUUGGGGUCCCUUCCCUGGUGCUCUUCAUGAACUCCUUGGAAUUCUGCAAUGCUGUCAUCCAGGUGGCCCAUCCCCUGGUACAGAAGCAGCUGGUGGACUACAUCCACAAUGGGUUUCUGGUGCCCGUCAUGGGCCCCGCAUUGCACAAGACCUCCAUCGAAGAGAUGAUUGCCAGCACCGCCUACCUGGACCUCUUCCUGCGCAGCAUCACCGAGACCACCUUGCUGAAGGCCUUCCUGCGCUUCCUGCUGCUCCACCGCCACGACAGCAGCACCAUCCUCGACACGCUGGUGGGACGCAUCGCCAGCAACUCCCGGCUCUGCAUGGUGUCUCUCAGCCUCUUCCGGACUCUGCUGAGCCUCCACUGUGAGGACGUCCUGCUGCAGGUGGUGCUCAGGUACCUGAUCCCCUGCAGCCACGUCAUGCUGAGCCAGAAGCGGGCGGUGAAGGAGCUGGACAUCUACGGCAAAGCAGCCAGCAAGUUCCUCUCACUGAUCCCCCGCUGCUGCCGCCCGGAGAACCUGCCCCCGCCGGACCACGAGGAGGAGCACGCCACCUGGGCCAAGGGCCACGGCAGCCCCAGUGUGGACUCCUCGUCGGUGGUGACUGUCCCCAAGCCCUCCACGCCCUCCCGGAUCUCCUUCUUCAUGCGGCAGGCCAGCUUCAGCUCGGAGGCCUCCGCAGGCCCCACCCCCCGCUCCCCAGGGACCCCCACUGGGGGGAGCCCCUGCCAUCGCCCUGGCCGCUGGGAGGAGGUCGCCGAGCUGGACGGGAACUACUUGGAGUACCUGCGGGACGCUCGCCUCCACAUCGAGCGCUGCGUCUGGGCCUGCCGCGGGUGGUCUGCCCCUUACGACGGGGAGGUGCCCAGCGCCAGCAGCCUGGCCCCGCCCCCAGACGCCUCCCUGCCCAUCAACAGCGACCACUUUGGCUACACCUCCUUCCACCCGGGGGGGCACCCCGGGCACGCACCCCCCUCCCCCCGGACUAAAAAGCGGGGCCUGCCCCACGAGGCAGCCGGCACAGAGGGGGCCCGGCCCAGCCCCCCCGCCUCCCCCAGCCCCAAGGAUUCCGGCGGCCUGCUCAACGGGGCCCACGCCGACCCGGGCGUCAAGAAGGUCCGGAGGUGCCCCCAGGGGGGCGGCGUGGUGGAGAACGGCUCCGGCCCUCAGCCCCAGCCCGCCUGGGAACAGCCGCCCUGCCUGGACUCCCUCCUGGAUGACCUGCUCCCCCAGGCCCCCCUGGAGAACGGCGGCGGCAGCGCCUCCUCCACCCUCGAGAAGUUCUCGGCUGAACUCCACCAGCUCCAGGAGGAGAUGGGCCGAGGGGAGGAGCAGUUGACGCUUGGCCCCCCGCCCGAGCCCCUCUCCUGCCAGGACGAGGAGGAGGACGACGAUGAGGAGGCCUUCCGGAGCUUCUCCUCCCACCCGGACGGGGCAGGGCAGUCUCGGCCAGCCGACCCUCUGGCCCAACUCAUCAGCAGCCCCCCGCGGACCCCCAGCCAGCCCCUCAGCCAGCCUUUCACAGGGCCCCUGGUGGCCGUCCUCUUUGCCAAGCUGGAGAACAUGCUGCAGAACUCCCUCUACGUCAACUUCCUGCUGACGGGGCUCAUCUCCCAGCUGGCCUGUUACCCGCAGCCCCUCCUGCGCUCCUUCCUGCUCAACACCAACAUGGUCUUCCAGCCCAGCGUCAAGUCCCUCCUCCAGGUCCUGGGCUCUGUGAAGAACAAGAUCGAGCGCUUUGCGGCCAGCCAGGAGGACUUCGCCUCCCUGCUCUUCAAAGCCAAGAAGUACCUGAUCGCUCGUGGCAAGCUGGACUGGUCAGAUGCCCAGAACGUGGCCCCGUCCUUGCGGCGGUCGGAAACCCUGGUGAAGAGCCGGAAGCCGUCGAUCGGGGAGCUGCUCAUGCGCCACACCCAGAGCCCCACGCGGGCCCGGCAGGCGGCUCAGCUGGCCUUUCAGCACAUGAGGGAGGGGCAGGUGAUGCACGUCCUGGCGGGGGCCUCCCUCUUCCGCACCUCGGCCGAGAAGCAGAGCGAGGCGCUGCGGGUGAAGAACGCCGUCUACUGCGCCGUCAUCUUCAGCGAGUUCCUCAAGGAGCUGGCCGCCAUUUCCCAGGGCCACGCCGUCACCUCCCCCUUCCUGCUGGAGCCCCCCGAGGAGUGACCGGGCUGGGCCUGCGGACUUUCUCCCGUGUCGUCCCCCCCCCGGUAACUGCCAGGGAGGCACUUUUAACUGGAAUCCUCCCCCCCCUCCCUCCCCCCCUCCUCGGCUUGGCACUGCCCAGCCUGCACUAAUGGGGGGGCCGGGGGGCACCUCUGUCGGGGGGGGGCACUGUGCCAGCCCCUCUUUUUAAAACUCCACCCCAGGACACACAAGGACCUUUUUAAUUUAUUGGGAAUGAAUGUUUUCUCUGGAGAACUUGUUGCAAUGUGUAUAAAAGAGCCUCUCUCUGU